GUUCAAGCACAGCGGCGCUUCUUCCUCUCGCCGCUUCCGUCAUUUAUCGCGCGUCACGAGGCCAAACUGUCAGUAGAAGCAGCGCGAAAGUUGCGUCGGCGGAGCGGCGAUGGUCCGAAUGGGGCUCCCCGAGUUCUCGUGUUCGCUGCUGUGCGGGAGCUGGGAGCUGGGAGCUGGGAGCUGGGAUAUGCCUCCGCGUCCUGAGGGUCUGACAGCAGGGCGGUGAAGUGUGAUGGUGCUGUGUUAGGCGCGCGCUUGUGAACAGAGGUGUCUUUUUGGCUCACGGCAAUGGAGAGCCCGUCUUCGGUUGGCAGGAGGCAGGCGUGGGCGACCAGCAGCCGCCGCUGGCUCCCCCUGGCGGACACAGAGCUCCAGAGCGCCAACCCCACAAUCACCCCACCGCCCCAAAACCUCUCAAUGCAGGACGAGGUCUUCGUGGAGGGAUGCUCUACAGGAAAGAUUGAAACUUGGCUCCAAGGCUGUGGAAAUGAGGCCAACCAAGAGAACCCCAGUCACCUCACUGUGGAAUCUUUGCUGAAGGCUGCUAAUAGUUUUGAGGAUGACCUGAGCCUCGGGGCUGAAGCUACAGCACUAGAUGUUGGAUCACAUCAUGAAGAGUUUGGGCACUGCCCACUACUCCUGCCUCCUCCUAAAUCACGUAAAGACUUCCACACAAGCAGCACUCCUCAGCAACGGCUCAGCUUACCAAUGUGUAAUAUGGGUCACAGCAUGGCGUCCAGUGCUUUUUCAUCCACCACCAGUAAAACUGCUUCCAGUGUGUCUGAGGUGCUGCAGAUGUGUGCGGAGGACGCAGAGGAGACACUGUAUCAUUUGGGGUUUGGUUGCGAGGAGCCUCAGGUCACUGCUCGCAUCCCGGCCCGUUUCUUCACUUUUCCCUCGAAGCUCAGAGGUAUCAACUUCCGCCUGUUCCUCGAGUCUCAGCUCCGCCGCAUACGCGAGGAGGACCCCAGCCUUUCACUCGCAAGUCGUUUCCGUCAGGUGGAGGUGUUGACAGCCAUGGCCAAUGCGUUCUACUCCCUCUAUUCCCACGUGUCGCGGACACCGCUUCAGAAACUGGCUCCACCUGAAUUCAGUUUCUCCUCACCCACUGUGGAGAGGAGCAUUGGACAGCGCUUCUUCGGCAACAUCCGCAGCGAGCCGCGAUCUCCUGUGGAGCGCCUUAAAGAUACGGUCUCCAAGAUGUGCUUAUACACAGGUUCUCGUGGUUCAGACUCUGCCUCUCCUAAUAGUUCUCCACGCAAGAGGAACAGCCUGCCAGAUGUGGUUGGAAUGGUACUGGGGACUGCAAAGAAUGAAGGCGGCAGUGACCACCCUAGAAGAGCAUGGCUCCAGGAUGUGGCAGAUAACAUGGCCCAGAGAGCAGGAGAUAAAAAUACGUUACAGUCCGCAGAAGUGAAGACUGCUGAGAAAGUGACCAAUCCGCACAAAGAGAGAAUACAACGUUGGUCACAGUCUGGGCAGAGAGAUGGUCCUAGAGCAAAGGCCAGCUUGUUUAAGCCUGUGUGUGUAUCUGCAUCUCUGGAAUCUACACAAACUGAAGACUCAAGUAGUGGUACAGUCGUAAAUGAAGGUUCCACCUGUUCCACUUUGCUUUCUGCCACCUUGAACAAACCUAUUGAUAAUAAGCCAACAGUUACCAUUAUUACCUAUGAUGUCAUUAGCCCUCAAGUAGUGGAGUACGUGCAUCAGGCACCAUAUCGUUGUCCACAAAUGGACAAUAGGGCAACAGUGGCCUCACCUCCUGAUGUUCGGAUUCACAGAGAAUCCUCAUGUACUAGAACACUUGAACCCAAAGACAAGCCAGCUGUUACAGAUGCACGACCACGGGUUUGCUUCUCAACUAAGGAUGAGAACCUGGUCCAGGGACCUUCAGAGGUUCCACAAGAUGACCCUGUGCCCCUCUGUCCCAGAACUUCACGAAGGUCACCAUGCAGGAUCAUGGUCACCGGAUGGGAUGGUGACACCACCACCCUCAAAAGAGAACCAUCUGAGGACUUUGUAUCUCCCCUGUGCUCUGGUAGCACCCCUCAUCUGACUUCAUUAGGCAACCAGAGGUACCUGAGCCCCAUCAAACCCUCAACCAGCCAGAUGAAGCAGGCCAACUCCUUUGAGCUGGAGGAGGUGCAGAGUGCGGGGGAGGAAGAGAACCUAUCAGCAGAGCAAUGCGGUGCACAUACACUAUCUGUUACAGCAGCAACUCAACAGAAAUGUUCGCCCUUGCGAGGGGACAGUUUCCAGUCAGACAGCAGUGGCUAUGCUGAAGAGGACAUGCAGCAUUCUCUCGCUGUCCACAACAGAGAGAUCAGCUAAAGACAGAACUCUGCUGUCACCCUUCUGUGUGUGCACCCUUACCUAUCUGCUCAUCUGGGGUUUAGCUUGUCUACAGAGAGUAAAACUUCUCAUAUGUGACAGAACAAAAGGCCACAACAACUGCGGUGUCAUUUAAAGUUACUUUGUCUGUAGGGCUUUGAUUUUUCUGUGUGGCAAAAUAAGCCAUAACAUACUUAACAAUGGAGCCAAAAGUUGACCCAGGAAAUCUGUGUAAUCAAAUUCCUUUCCGUUUAUUUGAGUGAACGUGAUUAGCUCUUGGCUCCAAGCUACUUGAAUGUAUUCCAAUAACUCUGUACUGUAUGUUGACAUGACUUUGCCUGCCUUUGACCUUGUGCUACUUGCUUUGCACUUUGUGGGUCUGAGCUACUGCAAAUGUUUUAAAUAUUUAUUUGUGGUUUAAUAAAUAAUUUAUUUGGAAA